AAAUUCCUUUCAAAAAAAAAAUGUAAUAAGCCAAAUUUCCAACAUUGAGUGACGAAUUCAAUCUCGUGUCAUAGAAGUACUUUCCUAUCUAGAUAAAACUCAACAAUGGAUAACAGAUAAACAGCAUCCAUAAAAAUGGCGGAUUCGAAACUUCAAAUUAGGGUUGUAUUCCAUCUAAUAACUACUACUCUACUCUGUUUAUUCUUAUCAACAGCAGUCGGAAGCACAAUUGUUCCAGAACAAUCAGAAGACCCGAAACCAAAGGCAUGGCCAGAACAGUUCCACGCAGUAUUAGUGAUGAAUAACACCAAAACAUCAGAAUUACAGGUUGUUGAUUUGUGGUACGACUGGCCUAAUGGUCGCAAUUUAAACCUUAUUCAACACCAAUUGGGGAAGCUUCUGUACGAUGUUGAAUGGACUAAUGGAACCUCUUACUAUUUUACUCGCAAAGGUAGCGGUAAUGUUGAACCGGAAUGCAAAAUUAUUUUAUUUGAAGUGGGAAUUUUAAGACCUAAUUGGUUGGAUGGUGCUUCGUAUGUUGGUGAAGAAUAUGUUGAUGGGUUUCUCUGCAAUGUUUGGGAGAAAGUUGAGUUUAUUCGAUAUUAUGAAGAUGUUGUAACCCAGAAACCUGUUCAUUGGCUUUUCUACACUGGAAGAGCCAUGCAUGUGAUAACCUUCGAGGUGGGUGCUGUGUUGGAAGAUUCUGAGUGGCAAGCUCCGGUUCACUGCUUCAACAAGGAGACAGAGGAGCAUGAAACUUUUGCUCACUUGCCUGAACACCCACAUCAGUUCAUGAGAGAUUCCGUGCCACUGGCUGCCGCUGUUUGAUUCCUUCUUUUGAUUCUACUUUUUAGUGUAGCUACUAGCUUCUAGUGCUUUCUUCUUUGGUGAUUUAUCUUGCUUUAUAUGUGGACUAGAAAGUUUCAUGUCAAUUGCUUUGGAAUAAAUAAGAUUAGCUUAUCAUUUGGCUCUGAAAUAAGUCAAAUUUCUAGCUAUUGCAGACUCGCCGUACCGAGCUACAUUCAUAUCAUGUCAAUGAUAGUUCCAUCGUUUCUUUUUGCUGA